AUGUUCCGUUGGCAUGAAACCGUUCCAGCUUUAAUUUGCUGGACUACAGUUAUCAGAGAUGUGAACGUCGUUAGCGUUGCGAUUGCUUGGCAACUGCUUCGAAUCGAGGCGUCGGCGAAAGCGGACAGAAACGAGAAACGAUGUACAAUUAAUGCCCCUCUCAGGUUAAUCACUAGUGGUGGCAAAAUCCGGCUAGCUCUUAAGAAGAACACUAACGAUGGAACUGUUGUGAAUGCUCAAAUUCAUAUGCUUCUUGAGGAUAUCUUAUGGGUUGCAACUUUACCACAACUUCGAUCUGCUAUUGCAUUCUCUUCAUAUCUAAUGAGCCUAGUUAGACAGUGUGAAAAAGACUAUCCGCCACCAGUAGCCACGAUACCUUCAAAACCAGUAGAAACAAUUACUCCCAAUGGUCAGGCUGUAACCAUAUCAAACACGUAUCGAGCUUUCGAUUUUGAUCAGACAUCACAUCAUCUGCAUAUCAGAAAAGUCGAUCUUCACCUCUGUGACGAUGCGCAUUCAAGUAUCACUUAUCCACCUGGGUGGGACAUUGAAAGUGGUGCAAUGCAAAUUAUUAUUCCAUUUCCUUCCCCGUUAUCUGACGAUCGACGCUUCCCUCUUCGAAUGCUGAUUUCGUUUUCCACACUUUCUUUGUCAAAUACGCAGUUCGACAGCGACAUAUUUAAACCAUUUGAAAUGCUCAACAAAGCAACUAUCUCAUAUGUAACUGAAACGGAGCUUCUUGGUGGUGGGAAAAUAUUGGCCAGCGAUCUAGGGCAACUUACUGGAGUGAAUAGACCGCACGGAGUAAAUGAAUUAUUCUGGCUGCGUACAUCGCCUGCCUGGGUUGACACUGACCACGGUGUUAACACAAAAUCGUUACCGGUUAUAUCAGACGUCUGCUUUUCUGGCGUUAUCCUUGCUAGACCAGAGCAGGUGAACGUCUAUGUUGAACCAACCACGCAGAUUAGCGCAGUAGUUGAUCACUUCCAGUUCAUUCAGCUUACAAGGUUAUCUGCAUCGCUAUCGGACUUUUUCGACAUCUUGGCUGAGGAUCAGAAACAUUUUGAUUCGGAACGUAGGUCUCAGUCAGCAACUGUUGCUGUGGUUGUAGCUAUCAAGCAGGCGCGAGCGAACAUACUGUUGACAAUGGGUGCAAUGCCUUCACCGUAUGACAGCUGCCCAGCCGUGACAGAGAGUAUUUUAGAAUGUUUAUCAGGUAGAGCACAAAUGGAAUGUUAUUAA